AGUUUGUUUACUUUUUCUCGGAUGAAAAACAGGAUAAAAAACGCGACAGGAGGAGAGGGAGAGUGUGUGUGUGUGAGAACACGCCAAAAUCCCACCUGGUAUAUACUUUCGCAACUUUCCCCUCCCCCAACUAUGGACCCGACGCCACCAUCGCCACCACCGCUAGCAUCGGCAACUGCAGAAGCACCACCACCCCAAAACCCGGACAAUGUCACCUACUUUUUUCCCGAUGUAAGCCCUAAUAAGCACCAUCAGAUAAAGAACCGACCACAAGCCAUGCCGAAUUUCAAGGCGUUCGUAAUGGCAAUCGCCGCCUCCGAUCCUAAAAGACCACUCACCCCGCCCCUGAAGACCCUCAUUGAGAACAGACUCAACGACUUCUGCCACGACUCUCACACCCCUGAUCAUCCCCCUUAUGCUGCUAUGAUAAUUACGGCACUUAAGGAGUUGAGUGAGGAACGGGGUUCCAGCGAGGAGUCAAUAUCCAAGUUCAUCAAAAGUAAGUAUGAUGAUUUGCCGUGGGCUCACUCUACGUUCCUGAAGCUUCAUCUCUGGAAGCUUUGUGAGAGCGGUGAGAUUGAUGUGACUCAUGAAAAGUGUUACUUGCUUGGUGAUGCAAUCACCAAAUUGAGUCCUGGUCAAAACACCGGUGGUAGUCGUAAGAGGGAAAGGAGGCUCAAUGAGAAGAGGGACAGACCUUGUAUGAAAGACGUUAUUAAAGGAGAAGAAGAAGAAACGACGAGAACUGAAACGAAAAUUCAAGUAACAGAAGAUCAAAAUAAAGUGAUUGCAGUACAAAAUCAAUUGACAAAAGAACGGGAGGUGUUUGAAGAGCACAAUCAACCAUCUGGAGAAUACGAUGAAGUGAUUGUUGAACAGGAUAAAGUAGAAGAAGAACAAGAUGAAGAGAGAAAAGUGCAAAAUCAAACCAUAAUACUCAAUGAUGCAAUUGGAUAUGGAGGUUGUGAUGAGAAGACUCGAGAACAAAAGGUGCAUACUGGCGUCAGAGAAGAACAAAAGCAACCGAAAGAAGUACAGAAUGACGUGAGCGAAGGAAAAACUCUGUCUAAUAAAGGACAAGAAAUUAAAGAGAUUGAGGGAAAAAGUAAAUACUUGGAACAGCAAAUUGAAGUUAUCACAAAACAAGAUAAGCGGCAGAAAAAAGAAAUUAAAUUGCCUGAAAAUCACAGUCAAAUGGCAGAGCAUCAAAGUAGAGUGGUUAAAGGAUUAUCUUGGUUGCAGAUUCAUAAGCAGCAGCAACAGGAACAGGAACAGGAGAAGCCACAGCACAGGAAGUUAGUGAUUCGGCUUCGACCUCCCAUACCUGAAUCAGCCUCAGUAGCAAAUGUCUCUGAAUCGUUGCCUUUGGACCAUUGCCGUGACGAGCUAGCUGCAUUUAUUAAGAUAUUAUCACCAACUAACCAACAAUAUCAAAAUGAGCAGCAGCAACCAGUUAAGCGACGCCGAGGGAGGCCUCCAAAACCAAAACCAGAAGCAGUUGAAAAUAGUGGGUUGUUAUCAAAUUCAAGUGAUCUGCCACAGAAGCAUCAAGCUAGGGGAAGGCCACCAAAGUGCAAUUCAUCUCCUGGUCAACCGGGACAGCGACGUCGGGGGAGGCCUCCUAAACUAAGACCAGAAGCUGAUGAAACUACUGGGUUGUCGUUAAAUUCAAGUUUUCACCAUAACCCUCAUCCACAGAUGCAGCAGGGGGAGAAUCUAGUUCUAGGAAGGACUCCAACAUGCAAAUCAUCUGCAGGUAGAGAUGCGGAAAUUCACAGAAGCAGCAACAACGAAAGCAACCAGGUUGGGGAAGGCCACGAAAGGUGGACUCAGGAAUUCAAGGAUGGUAUCGUGGUGAGCAUCUCAGAAGAAACUCAAUCACAAUCUGCUACUCUAGUGCUUCCAUCCAAUGGAUAGAUUGUUCACUUUUUGGGUUCUUGCUCCUAUGAAGCAAACUUUUUUGUUGAUUCUUGAGGUAAAAUUUUACCCAGUUCUUGUUGAGGCCCAUCUUCUUUGUCUGAACUUCUGUUGUAUGAUGUAAGGGGCUUCCUACAUGUAGAUAUGUUGCACCUUCUCUGGAAGCAAUGCCGUCAGGAAUAUCAAGUGCUCCUUUUGCUCCUUAUGGGAUUCCUUUUGCUUCUGAAUUGGAGAUUUUGGGGACUUGGAUGGUAUGCUGCUAUCGUCUGCUGCUUGUCCAUUCAUCCAAUGGCCAAUUGGGUACCUGGUCUGUGAUUGUAGUGCCGCAAUGGAGAUAUUGUUCUAUUUGUAUUUUCAUAGGCACCAGUUAUCUGGGUAUAGUAUUUCUCCAUCUUACCUUAAUGUGGAGUGAGUGAUGAACAUAAAAGACACCAUAAUUCACUGGUCGGUCCAUAAACAGUUUCCUUUCCAGACAUCAA